AUGGCUCCAUCAGCCUAUGCAAGUCACUUUUCAGAUCGUAAUAUCCCUUUUGGCAUUGCCUCGUCAAAGAAGCAUCCAAAUCGACAAGCAGUCACGCGUCUGGCAGACUCAGUUCUGUUUCUCGCGGACCUCUGUGAACAUGAUCUCUUCUCGACUGUACAGGGACUUCCGGACAAUGUGUUCGCUCGCAGUGCUCUGAACGACUUCGCCGCACUUGACAGAUCCGUCUUCAAGGCCGUCCGGCAGACAAUUCAGGAUGCAUUCCGGAGCCACGGCCUCGAGGGUUUUCCACGAGACAGCGUCGAGGACAUAUCUGCGGUGACAAUGCAUCUGCCGGUCAACGUAGGUGAUUUUGCAGAUUUCUCUUGUAGUCUUGAACAUGUCAAAAACGCUGGCCGCAUAAUCAUCAAUGACGAACGGCCCCCUCCCGCGUUCUUCAACCUGCCGAUCGUGUACCAGGGGCGGGCAAGCUCUGUGGUCGUAUCUGGCACCCCGAUCGAGCGCCCUAUGGGACAAUUCCGGGACAAGACGGCGCCAGGAGCGCCUGUUAUAUUCGGUCCGACUAGAGCACUGGACUACGAGCUCGAGUUCGCUGCAGUGGUGGGAAAGCCCCUGUCUAUGCGCCAGCGGCUAAAGGCAGCCGACGCGGACAAUCAUAUCUUUGGAUUUGUCGUACUUAAUGACUGGAGUGCUCGAGACAUCCAAGCAUUCGAGAUGAUGCCCCUUGGUCCCGCAAACGGCAAGAACCUGGGAACGACGAUCUCGCCGUGGGUGGUGACGCUCGACGCCUUAGAACCUUACAGGCUUCCCACGCCGCCGCGCACCCUGCCUGUUCCUCUGCAUCUCGACGAUCCAGACAACGGUGCAUAUGACGUCCGCAUGCAGGUUGAGGUCGUGGUAGGGGACAGUGCCACGGUAAUUGGAGCCUCAGAGGUACAGUCGUUAUACUGGACGAUAAGGCAGAUGGUGGCGCAUAUCGUUAGCGCCGGCAGUGCGCUACGAACCGGCGAUCUGCUGGCAACGGGGACAGUCAGUGGUCCCGGGAAGGGGACCCAUGGGUGUUUGCUCGAGGCCACUUCGGGUGGUGUGACACUGAUACAAUUGGAAAAUGGAUCCACAAGGGCGUACUUGGAAGAUGGAGACGUCGUGAGGAUGACGGCUGUUGCAGGUGGUGCGGACUCAGGCAUCGGCUGGGGUGACUGCGUUGGGGAGUUGCUUCCCGCUCAACCAUAUAAGUAA